AUGGGGCCGCGAACAUUGUCCAGCCCCAUCUACAGAAGGCUAGGGGAGCUGCUGACGGCCAUGCAGCCUCUCUUUCAGCGAUUGAACCCUCAGGCGGGGGCGCAGCGCUUGCAUCAGCCCUUGACUGCGCGGUCCAAGGUUCUGGUGAAGGCCCAAAUCUAUGAGGUGCGAAGCGGAGAGGAGAUCUUGGGCGAGAUCCACCAGGAGGGAACGCCCAGCGAUCAGAUUCAGAUGGUAGGCCUCUUCUACCCAGCAGUUGAAGACACCUUGGAGGGCGGGGAUCUUGAGAUUACGGUUGUGAUGACUGGUGGCUGUGGCUCGCAGUAUCCAGUAUCGCGGACAAUCCCGGUGCAGGCAGGUACAGCUAUAGCCUUCGACAACCACGCAGCUUACCAUCGGAUGUCCACCCUACGUGCUUCUCCGGGUCAGAGAGGGCGGCGACUCGUGGUUGCAUUCUUUGUUCUGCAAGACUUGGCGCCUCCUGGAGUACCCUGCACGGACACGGUGUGCGUGAACUAUGCCGACAAGGCGCGGUCUUUGGUUCGCCGGAUGCUGGGGCAGCCCACACCCAAACUGCCCAAGCACAUCCAGCUCAGAAUUGAACACUUCCUGACGGGGGGAGAUGGCUAUGCUCUGCAGCGCUUCAAUGCCUGCCGCCGGGCACGCGCCCAUCCAGUAACCCAAGAGGGGUUAGCGAUCCGGGCCAUGGAUUAA